GAAUUUUUAUCUCUGAAUUUGCGGUAUUCACGGUUUGGAGAAUGACGUCUGGUACUUAUCAGGUCGCUCAAGGCGAGGAGAAUCAUCCCGAGGGGAACGAUCCGCCCUCUGAAAGAGGGAAUCGAAAGAAAAUCGAUGAUCGGUACUACAAAAAUUGCUGCAUUCUGUUGCUCGGGUUCGCUUUGCUGGUCAUUAUAGUUAUUGCCAUUUCGUGGCCUUUCGAAGGAGGUUCCCAUCGAGAGACUGAAGAGGCUCAUACUCCCAAUUCGAGUGAGCAAUAUCGGGGAUCUCCUUCGCCUGUGAAAACUACAACAAAUGAAGACGUAGAAAUUAUUUUCACUACGGCUCCAGUAGUUGCAAAAAAUUCGUUUCGAUCAGGGAAGUAUCGAAAUUUUCCAACAGAAACAACCGCUCCACAUUUUUCUCUUGAUUCUGAAUCUGAACAAACAACUGAAACCAGAAGUACAGCCAACCCAACACCUCAGGACGACAUUUUCGUGUCUUCAACAACUGAAGAGAGCACUCGAGCCCCAGAAAUUAAAACCGAAGAACAAUCCACAUCAAUUCGGAAUUUGUUAUUCACUAAUUUUAUAACGACUACAGAUCGUUAUCGCGAACGGUCGGUUCCUCCAACGGAAGAAAGCACAAAUACUGGGAUGAGAUCAACUAACGAAAGAUUCUAUUCGACAACUGAUGCCUCUGACCCCCCGAAUUCUUCAGAACCUCCUUCAAGAGCCAAAGAAGCGUCAACGACUCUAAAUGACGAGGACUUCACGUCUUUAAAGGGACUGUUGGUUGCAAGGUACUUCGGCAAUGAUUCGUCAUCGACGGAAGAUCCCUCCAACGACAAUUGGCUCGAUGAUCUCGACACGAAAGUUUCUACUGAGGGAAUUACAUCAGUCGAAAACCAAAUUAACUCUGAAUCUACUACUUCCACUCCUGGAUUUCGUGAUGAUGUGACUCAUCGUCCAAUGGACUUCUCAACACAAGAAUCAAAACAUCAUUUAGAUCAUUCAGAUCAUCGUGAACCCGUUGACGAGGCGUGCACCGGAAAAUGCAGACAGAAAUUCAGCAAAAUGCUAUCCUGGAUGAACCACUCUGCAGACCCCUGCGAGGAUUUCUACGAGUUCGCUUGCGGAGGCCUCGAAGCCGAUCCUGAGAUGAUAAUCAUUGAUCCAGAGGCGAGAGCACUAUCGAUCAUUAAAAAACAGAUGAAGAGGGAAAAGCAGGAAGGGCGCCAGUCCUUUUUCUACGAAUAUUACGAAAGUUGUGUGGAUUAUGAAGAAGUUGGGAGAGAAAAGAAGCGAAUGUAUUUGGAUGAAAUAGUGAACUACACUAGAUUGUUCUCCAAUUCCUGCCCUGCAAGGGUAGAUUCUGACGACCUGACGGAAUUGAUACGAGUCCUAUUCAUUUUUAAACGCCCAGUCCUAUUCGAUGUAAUUCCAGAUAUAGAUGAAUCUAAUCCCCAAAAGUUUAUCCUGAGCAUUGGCCCACCAUUGCCGGAUAUUGUCUCGCAGAUUUUUAGAAAUGACUCUUGUGUUCCACGAGAUAACGAGGAAAUGUCUGUUGAUCUCGAUGAAAUGUAUGAGAAUUAUAAACUAUGCAGGAAUAAUACAAACGAGCUGUUGGAUUCCUUAACUGAAUUAUUCAACGGAGAGCUUCCUCUCGACUUCAUCAAACCGCUCUUAUCAGAUUUUCCAUCGGAGAAUGAAAUUCGGGAAGCAUACAGAUCGAAAAAUUACACUGUAUUAACACUCAGCGAUCUCGAGAAACAAUCUACAUUACUAAAGUGGCCGCUAUUGUUGCGGGGAUUAACUGAAGUAGACGUGAGCCACGACACCAAGCUACAAGUUUACUUCAAAGAUCAUUUGUUUCGUGCACUGAGGAGAAUCGAUGACUAUGGAUUACAUAAUUUUUCACAGCUGUGUAAAGCCAUUGUCGGGAUUUUUGGUGGCGAUAUCUAUAACUGGGUGAGACAACUAGAGUUCUCAAAAGAUUGGGAGAGCAAGUGCCUAAAACUCGCCACCAGUGUUCUACCAAAUGAUGCAUCUAAUCUCUACAUGUCGUCAUUCACUGAAGAUGAAUUAAAUACUAUCAAAUUGAAGGUUUCAGAUAUUUUUAGUGAACUGAAGCAAACACUGAAGUCGAAAUUUGACGAAAUUCACUGGGUCUCGCCUGAGGGCCGAGACUAUUUAAUGCAGAAGUUGGAUGCUAUUCAAAUAUCCAUCCCCGAGAUUUCCUAUUUCGAAAAAACAACAGGUCUGGAUCAUAAAUUUACGGAAAAUCUUUUGGCGCAGCGCGAGAUAAUUCAUAUGACCAAAUAUAGUGCUUACAAGAUUCUACAUAAAAACCCUAACACUCCUGAAAUACUUUGGAGACACUUUGCAACGGCAUUUCAACCCCUCCCACGAUCUCUCCACGCCCUCAACGUAAUUCUAGUCCCCCUAGGUGCCCUAGAAUCAUUAAAAUUCACCAGGAAAAACGAAAAGUACGACUAUGCAACGCUGUCGAGUGUCGGUAAUCUCCUAGCGCACGAGAUAACAAGUUAUUUCGAUGUCAACGGUAUUCAGUAUUGGAAUGGGACCCGAGGCUCUGGCUUCCCUAUUCUGCAUGACUACAAUUUCACUAUGAUAAAUUAUGAGAACUAUAUCAAUUGCCAGAGGGAUGAGAUCUUUCAGUAUUCAACUGAAAUGACAAUUCCUCGGUCUGAUCAGCUCGUGAAAUUGAGGAUCCCUCCGCACACGUUAAAUGAGAGACUGUCUGACGCUGCGGGAGUGAGACUGGCUCACGAUACUUUGGACAGGCUGGGGCUGACUCAAGCAAAACCCACCCAUUGGCUAGACUUCAACAUCGAUCAACUAUUCUACAUCGCAUACGCACAGACGCACUGUACAAAGGCACCACUCACUGCCUCGUCCAUCUCGUUGCACGAGAAUCCCCAGUUGCCAGGUAGACUGCGAGUUUAUGCAGCUGCGAUGAGCAACCGAAGGAUUGGUGAGGUCUUCAAGUGUGCAGAAGGCUCUCAACUGCUGCCAGCAUUCACCUGCGGAGUAUUUCCAUACCUCGAGGUCCCCGUUCCUGCAGCUCGAUAGUUUCAUGUUCUCAAAGAAGUACUUCUCGAAGGGAUGACUGACGCCGAAGACCUACAGCCUGGGAACCUAUUCCUAAUUCAUGUUUCACAGCGGUUUUAUUUUUUACUCUCUCCAUUGUGGCUUUAUGGCAUUUCGUCAGGUGCUUUACGAACUUUGGAGGUAUGUCAUUGAUCAGGUGGCAUGACUAGAAUGUUCUGAUGAGUUUGACAGCCCAAUGCGAUUACAGUUCCUUUUUUCCUGAGUCAGAAGCCUCCACAGAGCUGUCUUCAACGAUAUCCAAUUGUCCUAGAAUUUUAAAUGUCUCGUUUGUUAAAGAGAGUGUCGAGUGGACACUUUGAAGUGGGCACGAAGUAUCGAUUACUGAUCAUUUUUGUCCUGUUGAAGUAAUAUGAACAUAGAACAGGUGAAUCGAGAAGUGUAACAAGGAGAAACAAAUGUACAACCCCCAAAACCAAUUAUUCAUCAUUAAUUAGUGAUGAGUGUAAAAAAUUAUUCCAUCGAAUUAUUUUGUUUUCUUUUCACAUUGAACGUAGAAUUUUGUUUUUGAUUUUUUUCUACAUUUUAAUGUUCUUAACAGUGAAAAGGCAAUUUUCUUAUAAGACUCUGUUAUUUGGAAUUUUUAAAUAAAUUAUUAUCGAUAAUCCUAGACUGUCGAUUAACGACAAAUUUCACUUGAAUGCUUCUGUUCCCAUUAACCUCUAUUCAAAAAUUAAUUGAGAUUUUAAUCUUUAAAAAUAGGGGCGUUCAUUCUACUUUAAAAUUAUGAAAAUCGAUGCUGUCGUCCCAGAUUCAACACUCAAAACUGUCAAGUAGGAUCUUGAGUUAUUAAACUUCAAGAAAACCUCGAGUGCACUUCUAUCACUGGGGCUUGUGAUCAAUAAAGCUUCAGUUUUAA